CCGUUCUGUUUUAAGAGUCUACCACGCCCUCCAGGUUUCUGUCGAAUCUUGAGCAUCCAUAUCUUCAAGGACUCUCUUCAAGAGACAAACCAACUAACCAGCAAUAAAAAAAUACAAACCAUAAAUUCUACACCAGACGAGUUCGAGACAAGACGUUCUUUUGCGACGCCUCUCCCCGACCUCCGAGAAGAGAAUUAACAGGUGUCUCACCCUUCGAAACCACUUUUGACUCGGCCCGCCUCCCUAGAGAACGAGACCUCGACCGCCUCGUCUAAACAUCGCCGUGUAGGAGGCUGUACCGGAGGUCCAAAAAGUCUCUGGUAGUCUUUGCCUUUUGUAGUGGCUGAGGGAUUCACAGCAUUCCUGCCAACGCAAUAGUAUAGAGACAACAUACCACAAACCGGAUAUAUAGAAGCAGGACGUCUUCCCCCCCGCCAUUUUCCUACCUGCAGCAAAAAAAUGUCAUCCACAAUGCCGUCUACACAACAACAACAACAACAACAACCACACUGCCGUCAAGACUCAUACGACGAAGAGAUCUACACAGAGUUCCGCCAACCAGUAACAGAAAACCAGAGGCUUGUAAAAGACGCCAUUAUGGAGUCACCAAGGAAGCUGGACUCGGCUGUUUCUUCACCACCCCCACCGCCUUUGCCCCGCAAGAACGCACUCAGGUCCGGUUCAAGGUCAAGGUCUACAUCUAGGUCAUCCUCAACGAGGACUCUCGACACCACAGGACUGAACAUUGGUGGUGCAAAGGAGAUCAUAGUCCAGGGUACCACCGGCGCCACGAAGGAGGCUGCACCAACACCACACGAUGUGUACCUUUCGUCAGAGGAGGACGCUUCGUCCUCGGCCGACGACUUUUCCGACUUUGAGUGGGAGAGCGGUAGCGAGUUCGAGUAUGCAGAUGACGCCCAGAUCGCAGAGGCUUCUAGCAGCAGCGGCAUGAGCAGCCCAUCUGGUGGCCCCCGCCGCCGCAGCCACGAGAUAACCGCCCGUGUUGUUUCAGUCGUAUACGUCGGCAAGCCGGCCAUAGUGAACCUGUCCACACCGAGCAAGCGUACGAGCCCGUCCCCGACUCGAUCGACGAUGAACGUCAGCCCCACACCUAGCAACACCUCUGCAGCACCCGCACAAUCGUCACUGUCUUCAUCCCGCCGCCGAAGCGUUAGUGCUGCUACCUCCUUCGCCCGCCGCCUCUCCAUAUCCUCUACCGCAUCCUUCAGCCCGGGGGUGGCACCAGCAACUGCGACGCCAGUCAAGGCCAAGAAUGUCAUCGCCUCCGUAUUUACCAGGAAGGGACAGCAACCCCUCUUCCUCAACACAGAUCCCUUUGCCAACAACAGCGCCGUAUCCAUCGCCACCCCACCGCGCCGAACCUCGUCUAGGUCCGUUUCAAACGGCUCGCCUGCCGUCAUCGACGAGGCAUAUUCUGUCAGGACGCCCAAGACCCCCACUGAGAAGUUCAAGGACUUCUCUCUCCGUGGCGGCGCCUUGCUGAAGAAGCGCUCGCGGUCCAUCAUGAACGCUGCCCACAGCUUGCGCGACAGCUAUAACGGAGCUGGAGUUGCCCCGCUGCCCGAGGAGAAUGGCGACAGCAGCAGGGACACCAGCAGGGCUAGCACUCCUGCCUCUACCCCUUACGACCGCACACAGUCCUCAAUGGACUACUUCUCCAGCCCGGCCGCAUCAGCAGCAGCCAGGGCUCUCCCGGUCCGAGCGCAGUCCGACAUGGCUCUCGGCGCGCCCAUCUCCCCUACUGAGAUGAAGGGUAGCCGGUUCACUGGUUUGAGUGCACGGAGGCGGAGCUUCAAAUCUGCGGGCAGGCCAUGAUCUCAUUGGAGCUAGCCACUCGCCUCUUUCAAGCCUCGUCAUAUUUAAACUAUACCCCAACUAUAUCUCCUAUCUUUACAGUACUACAUGGAUGUGGUCAAACAUCACGCCAUGAUUUUUCUUUGUCGUCUUUUGGGUUACACUACAGCACCGGUGUAUUUUUUCGGGUCAUUACCAGGACGUGUUCAUAUGGGGACACGGACUUGAACCCAUCAUUGGGUGGGAAAUUUGGUGACCGGGCUAGGAAAGGGACACUCAUCACUCACAAACUCGGCGCCAGGCUUUUUGGGACGGGGACUAAUUUAGGCGUCAAUUUCGAGGAGGCGUCCAACCGACUCCUCCAGGCUGCCAAACGGAUAACAACGCUAAAAACACCGGAAGGGAGGUGUUUAUUUUGGAUAACGGAACCAUCUUUUUCUUUUUCUCUCUUUUCUUUUGUUACAAUUCUCACGAAGAAUCAUGAUACCACAUACACAACGGACAGGACAAACAGAAUAGAAUGAACCUGAUCAUCUUUUACCACUUCAAAAGACAAUUUCCUCAUGCAUCCACUGACAAGAUAUUCAAAAAGAGUAACAUUUCCCGG